CAUGAAAUUUUUGACAGUUGGACCUGGCCCAUUGGUACCUCAACAUGGCCAACGAAAUAGUGCACUUGCCGUCAUGGAAGCUACUCUUACUGGCCGUGGUUCUGCUGCGGUCCCUGGUUGCUGGCCAAACUGUGGACAAUGAACAGAGUCAUUCGACCUCGGUGGCUGGCAUGGUGCAACUGCUGGAGCUGGAGGCCAAGCUUAUCGAUAAUCUCAACAACUACGCCGACGAGUUGGAACUGAAGCUGAAAGUAGUGCGCAGCUUUACUAAGCAAAUGCACAAGGAAAGCAGCAAGGCAAUGGACGAUACGGUUCAGUAUCUGUCGAAUCCGCUGAAUGCCUUUUCUCUUAUACGCCGCAUGCAUCAGGACUGGAUACACUGGCAGCAGUACAUGGAGCAGCCGGUGGGCAAGCAGCAGGUGAACUACUUGCAACAGAUGCGCGAGCAGCUGCCUACCAGCACGGAUCUCGAAGAGGCAGGCGCUGCCUUACAUCGCAUACACAUCACCUACGACAUUACCAUCUCCGACAUGACUCAAGGCCUGCUCAAUGGCAAGAAGUACAAUGUCAGCUUGAAUGCACUGGACAGUUAUGCCUUGGGCAACUACCACUAUGAUCAGCAGAACUUUGGCUAUGCCAGCCAGUGGAUCUACCAGGCCAUAAACUGGCUGAAAGGACCACAUAAGUUGCCGCUACCUCUAGAGUUAGAUCGUGCAGAGGUGUUCCACAUCUAUGCCGAAGCACUUAUCAAAAUGAAUCGAUACAAAGAUGCGGUACAGGUUCUCCAUACGGCGACGACUCUUAAAAAAGAUAAUUUAAAACUUUUGCUGCGAAAGUCGGAAGUAGAAACUCUGAUAAGAACGGAGCCAAAUGUUGUACCCAAGGCGUUACAAAAGCCGCCAGUACUGGCCUAUGAACGUGGCUGUCGUGGCCAGUUCGCGCAGAAUUCCAGACUGCACUGCGUCUACAAUAGCACCACUUCGCCUUUUCUGCGCCUGGCUCCACUGAAAAUGGAGCUGAUUGCACUGGAUCCCUAUAUGGUGAUAUAUCACGAUGUCAUAUCACCCAGUGAGAUCAGCGAACUUCAGAGCCUGGCAGUGCCUAGCUUGAAGCGCGCCACGGUGUUCAAUCAGAAGAGCGGUCGCAACAAUGUAGUCAAGACACGAACCUCAAAGGUUACAUGGUUGCUGGACACACUAAAUCAGCUUACAGUUCGUCUGAAUAAACGUAUAACCGAUAUGACGGGCUUCGAUAUGUAUGGCUCGGAAAUGUUGCAGGUCAUGAACUAUGGCCUCGGCGGACACUACGACAAGCACUUUGAUUACUUCAAUUCCUCCAUUGCCUCAGAUUUGACUAGGCUCAAUGGCGAUCGCAUUGCCACCGUGCUCUUUUAUCUAACCGAUGUGGAGCAGGGCGGCGCCACGGUCUUUCCCACUAUAGAGAAGGCAGUCUUUCCCCAAAAAGGAGCAGCUAUUGUCUGGUACAAUCUUAAGCAUGACGGAAAUGGAGAUACACAAACCUUGCAUGCCGCCUGCCCUGUUAUAGUGGGCUCCAAGUGGGUUUGCAAUAAAUGGAUACGCGAGCGACAACAAUUAUUUAGAAGACCCUGUCUCUCGAGUAACAAAAGCAUAUAACCUUAACUAGUCUUAUUCUUCUGAUAUGCCAAUUUGUAGAAUUAAUUACAUUUAAAUAUAAUCAAAAUAUAAUCA